GUGCUAGAAGUACUCCAGUUUGUCUUAACCUCCCGGACGAGAUCUUCUCCGAUCAAUUCUUUUUCAUGGACUGCGGCCCUUUCCUUUGAUAACUGGGAUUUCAAGGUGUGACUGGCGCGCCCGCCCUGUCGAGUAGCAGGUCGCCAUGAGUCUCCACAGAGGCGACGUGGAGGUGGGGAUGAAUCGUGUGUCUGGGCUCAACUCCCCCUCAACCCCACCCUGCUCUGCCACCUCCCUGCUAACCCCUGCUGCACACUCGGUUAUCGUGCCUAACUCUGCCGUCCUUCAUCAACAAGGCGGGACGCCCUUAUGCACCAUUGGUAACGUGGGCGUGUCCAUCAUGGGCAGCAUGAGCGUGGGCGGCGGCGAGGCAGCGAGCGUCGUGACAGGGUCUUCGGCGGCGAGCCUGACAUGUGCCAUCUGCGGUGACAGGGCCACGGGCAAGCACUACGGCGCCCACUCGUGCGAUGGCUGCAAGGGCUUUUUCCGCCGCUCCGUCAGGAAGAAUCACACGUACAGCUGCAGGUUCAAUCGUGGAUGCACAGUCGACAAGGACAAAAGAAAUCAAUGUCGUUAUUGCAGACUGAGGAAAUGCAUAAGGGUUGGAAUGAAAAAAGAUGCUGUUCAAAACGAGCGCGACAGAAUCAGCACUCGUAGGCUCAGUUACGACGAAGGGGGAGGCGCCAGUGGCAUGGCGCUUUCCACGAUACUCAACGCUGAACAUCUUUCUCGACAGUUCUCGCCGGCGGUAGGUGACGUGAAUGUGAUGAACAAGACUGUCGCGGGUGUGAUGGACGUGUGUGAGAGCAUGAAGCAGCAGCUCCUGAUUCUGGUCGAGUGGGCCAAGUACAUUCCCUCGUUCUGCGAGCUUGUUCUCGAUGACCAGGUGGCGUUGCUCCGAGCCCACGCCGGGGAACACCUACUCCUGGGGGCAGCUUUCCGAUCCAUGAACCUCCAGAACAUGAUCUUGUUGGGGAACGAUUGCAUCAUCCUUAGGAACUCUUCAGAGGUGGAGAUCAGCCGCAUCGGACAGCGUAUCAUGGACGAGCUGAUCAAGCCGCUCAGGCAGGUACAGCUGGACGAAAAUGAAUACGCCUGCCUUAAGACCAUCGUGUUCUUUGACCCUCUCAUCCGAGGCCUUCGUGACGUGGCCCGCGUGAAGGCCCUCAGGUACCAGGUCCAGCUGCUCCUCGAGGACUACAUCAACGACCGCCAGUUCGAGUCCCGCGGGAGAUUCGGCGAGAUGUUGCUCACCUUGCCCGCUCUCCAGUCCAUCACCUGGCAGAUGAUUGAGCAGAUCCAGUUCGCCAAGCUCUUCGGUGUCGCCAGGAUCGAUAAUCUGCUUCAGGAGAUGUUGCUUGGAGCAGGAGCAGGAAGCGAUGGAACGAACGGGCUGACGGGCGGCUCGGGCGGCGGUUACGGCGGCGGUGACGGGGGAAUCGGCGUCGGCAUCCCGGCCCCUCCCCCGGGCGGCGUAGGCCUUCCCAUCCCCUUGGGCGCAGCCACGGCGGCCGGAGGGAGCGUCCCCGUGGGCAUGAACAACAACCACGACAUCCCUGUGUCCGCGGCGGCACUGGAGGCAGCCGGUCUCUCGGCCUUCGGCGGCAGCGGAGCCACGAACGGCCAUCUCGAAGGGGGCUCGAGGGCCACUUCCAAGGAGGAUGAGCGACCUCGCCUCGACAGAACCUUCAAGCAGGAGGAUACGGACACGAACUUCGACAUAUGACUAAACAUAUGCGAGCAAUAUAUGCAUUAAAUGCCUACAGUAAAAACCUACUGCUUAAUGUUUUGUGCAUUACAAUCUUUUCUGGCAGCUGAUAUGUAUUGCCUCUCCUGCUCACUCGCGCGCACAUCAGUUCGGUGUUCUUGUUGGUACGCCCACUGCCUCAUCUUCUAAGUCAUAGUAUGUUCUGAAAAUAAGAACAAAGUGUAUGUAUACAGAAAUGAUGUCGAUAACAGACAGACAUUUUUCAAGAUGUAUGGGGAAUAAAAAAAAUCGUUUUGACAUCUCUAAAGCAUACAUAACAUACAGCUCAUAGUUGGUAAUUUAUGUGUAUAUA